CUAGUUCGAAGGAUUUGAGCAGUUAGGAAGACAUUGCUGAGUGGCAUUAGUGAUUUUCUAAACGCUGGGUUGAUCAAAUCCCAGGAAAAUCCUCACUAAUGCUUGUUAGCAUGCCAAUUCUACAGCUUCCUCUUUUAUGCAGACUAGUCCUCUUCUUGACUAGAAUUUAAGGCUUUCACUCUGACAUAGCAUCCAUGUCAAAGAGAAAAUAAAUUUCUUGAUGUGGUGAAUCUUGUUUGAUUUGAUGAAUACCAUUAAUAGAUGAUAUUGCAGAUUGAAACCACCCUACCAGCGAUGUUGCAGAAUCAAUCAGAACCUUCUUAGACCAAUGUAAUUUAUUGGUUCUCCAAUGGCUCAGAAGAAGAGCUGGUUCAACAUAGUGCAGAGGUUCAUUAUAAGAGAGACAAACUCUAAACAAAAAUGGAUUUUUGGAGGGCUUAAGAUCAAAAGAUUAGCCUCGCUCACUUCACCGUCAUCAUUAAAUGAAAGAACUCUUGGUGAGGCUGGGGAAGAGCAGAUCAAGCAUGCUCUUGCUGUGGCCCAUGCCACCAUUGCUGCUGCUGAAGCAGCUGUUAUGACUGCUCUAAUUGCUGCUGCGGUUGUCCAGUUCACCCCUCAAUAUAACCAUCAAUGUGUAAAUGAAGUGGAAAAGUUUUCAGUCAUUAGAGUUCAAGGUGAAGCCCCUCAGUCCAACCAUCACUGUGUGAGAGAAAUCCAUGAAUUUGCUGCCACUAGAAUUCAGUCUGCCUUUCAGGGUUACCUUGUGAGUUUAAAGAUAGACACAAGGAAUCAAAGAAGGUGGGAUGACAGUGUUUUGUCAAAGGAAGAGUCAGUUGCAUUGUUUAUGAGUAGGAAAGAGACCAUGCUUAAGAGAGAACGGAUAAAGGAGUACUGGUUUAUCCAUCUGUAGUCAGCAGAUAUGGAUAAAAACUUAGUAAGUGGAAGAUGAAGGCAUUGGUUGGAUCAAUGGGUAGAUACACAAAUUACCCUAAGUAGAGAACUUGAAGAUUUGGACUCGGCUUUGACUUCAAAUCGAAGACAAAGAGAGGACUAUGAAAGAAGGCAACUUAAGCUAAGAAAUGUUGAGGGACAGAGUAAGUUGGAAGGAUUGAAUUCUCCAACAUUUGUUCCCAGAGUAUUAAUUCAUUAUAGGAGACCAUGCUCAUUGGGAGAUCAUAAUUCUUUGUCAAGCUCUCCUGUUGUUCCAACUUACAUGAAUGCAACUGAAUCUGCAAAGGAAAAGUCCAGAUCAAUGAGCUCAUGAAAAAUAAGGCCCAUGAAUUUUGAUACAUGCUCUGAAAGCUCUUCACCAUAUAAGAAUAAACUCAUAUCCUUUAUUACUACUGAAGUGCCAAGUGGUGGUAGGAUUGGCAAGACUAGUGGUUUCUAGCAAAUCUCCAAGCUCAAAAGGCCUUCCAAGUCCUAUAAAAUCCAGUAGGAAGGUAAAGGAUCUCAGUUUUAACUCAAAGUGCUCAUUUCAGACUUUGGAUAGACAUGGCUUUAGAUAAUUUCAGAAGUUUGGUGCAAGAAGAGAACUUAGUUAGUGUGUCAGGUUGGAGUGGAGAACAUAGUCUGUAAUUUAAUCUAGUUUGAAUAGUUAAACAAUGGUGUGCUAUUUAAUCUCAUCAUCAAAUGAGUAGCUCACUGUAAUGCUGCAUUGUAAUUUAAUCUAGUUAGAACUCUACUCUCCCUCCCUCCAAAUUGGCCAUUAAAGUGUAGUGAGGUUUGGGUUGCAUGA